AUGGAAAAGGCAAGGCAACAAUUGGAAGAAUUUCGACGAAGACAGCUGGAAGAGAAAGCGACGAGUUCGACGGAGAGGAUAAUCGACAAGCUCCCACCAGUACAACCCCGACAAAAUCUUUUCUCAAAACUCUUCUCCAUUGAUGUCCUCAACAUUUUACCGUUUAGAGUGUGGAGAUCCUCUUAUGAUCGAAAUCCUUCGCUAAUCGCAAUUUGUUUGGGACUUGGGCAAAGGAAAGAUGGAGAGAUCUCCGCCUAUUCGGUGUUCAAUGAGAAUUGCGAGCGUUUGCUCGGACAAAUGACCGCUGAACAUUUUGAGAGAGAUGUACUCCAGAAGAGAAGACCUCAA